GACUACCAUGUACAGGCUGUACCGGGGAGAGAUGAAAGAAUUCACACAAGGCAACAGUAACACGGCCAUUCUGGUGAGCUGCCUAAAGUACUCCGGGUUCCAGGUCGCCUACAUCGCCUGGGGCUACAUCAUCCACAUGGUGUUCUUUCUGUUCAUCUGUGGCGUCCUGUCCCUUGUCAUAGCUCUGUUGUCUGCUGGCUUCACGGAUUGGUUUGUGCACGAUUUCCUGGGGCUCUGGCUACAACGCCUACGUGGGCUUCAUGCAGGUGGAAUGUUCCCAGUCGCACCCGGUCAUGGUCACCUUUAUCCGGCUGCUCAUGUUGUUGGCCCGGAAGAGAGAGGCUGAGAACCGGAAGUGGGCGGAGAAGGAGAGCGAAUUUCGGGGUCGCCGGCCACUCCCUAGGCCACACAGCAGAGGAAAGUCGCAGAAACAGCGCGCCGCAGCAUUCAACUGGCACGUGACCUACACCCUCAUCAACAACCCUGACCUUCGCAUGGAGCGGAAGGGCUACAUCCAGACGAUGAAGAAAGCGCGCGAACUAGGCGUCCGGAUCCCCAAAAGCGACGGCUUCGUGGUGCUUGACCCGGAGCUGCUUCGCGAAGCUGAGCUGGAACAGAAGCGGGCGGCAGAGGGUGUUAUGUCCCACGUUGAGGAUAAGCUGGUGGCUUUCAGACUGAUGUUGAGGAAGAAAGUGCAGAACGGGAUAGAGACUGUGACGAAGAAGUCCAGUAGGAGCGGGUCGAUAGAACGUCUGAACGAUAUAGAGAUGGAGUCGGUGGAGGAGGGGAGGAGAGGUAGGGGUGGUGGUGGCCUCAGAAGUGUGGAUAUUUGA